AUGUAUCCCCAGGCCGCGCCGGCUUGGGACGACGAUGGCCACAGCGACCCUCCUUCUACUCGCUCCUCCAACGAUCCGCCAGAGCACAUGGCUCACCUGCGUUCCCGUUCAACGGCCCACGCUCAAUCUCCCAAGCGUCUCUCUGUCUUCAGUGGCCGCUCCAGAAGCAAUACCACCACUUCAACCUCGUCUCGCCGCUCUCCAGGUUCCUCAAUGACUUCUAUAGACAGCGGCGUCGGCCAGCCCGACGAGCGCACCGCGUCGUCGCUGGGCAUGCGCGCUGACAAGUCGGACCGCCCUUCUCGCUCCUUCCUGGCCCGCGGGAGCCGCAUCUUGCGUCGUCAGGGGAGCAAGAUCAACAUCGUCGCCACGCUGGACGAGGAAGACGAGCAAGAUCGGGAGAAGCCUCGGUCUGAGAAGCUCGAGAAUGGCGGCAUGUUUGGCCGGAGAGCCAGACAUUCCGAGAAUCACGAACGCUUGAAGAGUAUCAUCUCGGAUCCGUUCGACUUUCACCAUCUCACCCAUACGAGCCCCUCUCAAUUCCAAUCCCUGGACCAGACCCGCGAAAAUGACUUGGUCACUGAAUUCUCCGUCAUUCGGGCCUCGCAACGGCCCGAGGCGGUCCUAAAGGGUAUCCGCGCGGACGAUAUCCAUUUCCACAAUUUCUCCGCUGAUGACCUGCCGGCUCUCGGCACUGCUGCCACGGUCGACGAGCCGGUUCUCGCGCCCAGUCCACCAGGUUCACCCGCCGCUUCGGGGUCAGUCAGUCCCAAAGGCCAUGUUCGUCGCGAAUCUCGCGCUCAUGAGAACUUCUCUCGUCCGGCCUCGAGAUAUCCUCGUUCCUGUCCCACCACCCCGCCGCCUCCAGCAGGUUCCGAGAUGCCGCUGGAGGCAGAGCCGGCCCCGCGGGCAAUUGAUGAGAUUCUGGGCUUGUCUUCUCCAAAGACAUACCCUGAGUACAUCGAGUCGCCCUCGGCUACCCAGCUGCGGUUCAGCCCCGACCCGGCUGAUAACAUGACGAUUCGCACUGGUACUUCGUCCAUGAGCAGUCACAGUCACUAUGAUCUGGAAGAUGUACCCGAAGAAGAAGAGGCAACGCGUCUGUGGGAUAGCCCCGGCCCCAGCAUCGGGUAUGCCCACUCGCGGUCCACCUCGCAAGUCAGCCCCGGUACGGUGGAGGAGCCAACGGGAGUGGCCAUCCCCCGAGGAACCCCCAACGGCCUCUCCAUUUUCGUGGCGGAAGAGCUCUCGCGCAAGUUUUCCGAGGCGUUGGGCUCGCCAACCCUGCCACAGAACCUCCCCAAUGCCUCCUCGCCCUCUCUCAAAGCAGAGGAGAUGGACGCGACUCCACCUUCCGCACCAGGCAUGCACCAAUUCUCCUACGAGGACGAACUGUACGACUCCUGGGACGCGGAUAUUGACUACUGCUACGAGCACGCCGCCGAAUCCACCUCUAAUUUCGACUGGUCUCGCACCUCCCUCGAAGAGCAACGGCCCCAAAUCGGCAUUGCCUGCACCGACGAGGGCUGGGGCCUCGAGAAAACGACCCCAAAGUCCCGGCAUCUGCAGCCCAGUCCGCUUAGCACCUCCACCCUUCCCACGCCAGACCUGGACCCGAGCGCCUCAGUCCGCUCCACAGCGCCGCACUCCGCCGCCACCCCGUCCACGGGCGAAUACGAGCGCGAUUUUAUGGCGCGCACCGCGGGUGAUUACUUCCAGCCUGUCAGUUCGCCGAUGCUGCCAUCCACGCUGGGAAAGCAGAUUAAUCAGGAAACGCUGUACGAGGAAUACCUGUCCACGGAUGCGGAAUCCGAUCGCCAUUUCCCCUUCGUUGCGCAGGGUAUGGAGAAUCACCCCGUCUCCCCGCGCAGCAGCUUCUCGCCCAUCAGCAAGUGCAAUUCGCAAGAGAGUCUGAUGCUAUCCCGGGCUGCGUCCAUCGUCCGCAAACACCGCUCCUCCAUCUCGACGACCAGCGUCCCCGAAUUGAUCCACAGCCUGUCGAACAGUCGCGAGCUGAUGCCGACAGACCGUCUGACAGCCGCAGAGGCUCUUGCCGCCGGCUCAAUAAGUCGACCCCCUUCUUCCUCCCAUCAUCGCCAGACGAAGAGUCUGGCCGAGUCGCAUCUCAUGCUGCAGGCCGGUGCCAGUAGUACCAGCUUGCCUAAUGUGGACGUCACUUCCCCCUCUCCUAUCCACGACCGCGCAAAAUCGACCUCUGAAGUUGAUCCGCGCCACAAGACCGAACCCCCUCUCCCUCCCCUCCCACCUAUGAACCCUAACCGGAAGAAAUCCCGGAACCCAUCUUACUCUCUCUUCCCUACUGCUGCGUGA